UUUUUUGUUUCUGGACGUUUCUGCAGCUUUAUUGUCGACGUCGCGGUGAGCUCAGAGUGAAGGGCAGGCCGGCAGAAACAGCACAGAGAUACACACACACACACACACACAUACUCACACACAGAGGGAGAGAGACUGACAGCUUACUGAAACAGCCAGCCAGAACAUAACUGUAUUGGGGGAAAUGGUGGACUACUACAAUAUCCUGGGAGUCUCUCACAAUUCCUCUCAAGAAGAUAUCAAAAAAGCUUACCGAAAAUUGGCACUGCGAUGGCACCCGGACAAGAAUCCAGAUAAUAAGGAAUAUGCAGAACAGAAAUUUAAGGAAAUUGCAGAGGCAUAUGAAGUACUAUCAGACAAAAGCAAACGAGAAGUUUAUGACAGGUAUGGAAAGGAUGGAUUAGUUGGAUCCGGUGGCAGAGGUCCCACGAUGAAUACAGAGUUCCCAGGCUUUAUGUUUUCAUUCCGAAGCCCUGAUGAAGUAUUCAGGGAAUUCUUCGGUGGGCGAGAUCCUUUUGCAGAGCUGUUUGAAGACUUUGGUCCAUUUUCCGAAGUGGGAGGGAUCGACCACAGUAGAAGGCUACCUGGAUCGUUCUUUUCAUUCUCUAUUCCCACGGGAUCAGACUUUACAUCAUUUUCUGCAAAUGUCGAUGGAACUGAACUGGGGAGUUUCCGAUCAGUGUCAACUUCAACGAAGCUCGUUAAUGGAAAACGUGUCACCACCAGGAAGAUUGUGGAGAAUGGUGAAGAGAGGGUGGAAAUUGAGGAAGACGGGCAACUGAAGUCAGUGCGAGUAAACGGUGAGGAAGACCAGGUAGCCCUCGCCAUUGAGCUGAGUCGGAGGGAGCAGCGGGGCCAACAGCAGCACACCUUGCGAGUGGCUCACGGUCAGAUACCCGGUACCUCGCGGCCAUACUACCUCGACGACGACGAGGACUCUGAGGAGGACGAGGACUUGCAGCUGGCCAUGGCCUACAGCCUGUCGGAGAUGGAGGCCCGAGGGCGUGGAUCAGAUAAUCUAAAACUACUUGGAUGAAGUCUCACUGAUCUACGUUGGUCCCUGGUUGAGCAAUGCCAAAUCUGUCCAUGGCCUUGCUCCUCCCUAUUUCUAUUGCCUCUUCCAACACUGCAACUUACUGAGAUCUUUGCAUGCCUCUGACUCCAGAUCCUUGCACAUUCCAAGCUCAAUCACUCCAUCAUUGGUGGCUGUGUCUGCAGUGACCUGGCUCCCUUGGUUCUGGAAUUUGCUCCCAACAUUCUGUGUCUCUCCCCACUUCUUUAGGACAGUCCUUCAAAACUCAGGUCUUUGUUCAAGCUCGUGGUCAGCUAACAUCAUAGCCCUUCCAUGGCUCAGUGUCAAAUGUUGGCUUUUUAACAUUCCUCUCUAGCAUCUUGGUCAUUUAAUUACGUUAAAGGCGCAACCUUAAUAAAAAUUGUUGUUGGUGAAUUGACAGGUGAGUUGAGUUAAGGCGAACAUAGGAACAGAAGUAGGCCAUUCAGCCCUUUGAGCCUAUUCUGCUGUUCAAUGAGAUCAUGCCAGAUCUGUG